UGUUGACUGAGGGCGAAAUUUGCUAUGCUCGCUCUAAGGUUUGUGAAAGCGAGGCUGAAAUGACAGUAGGCAUGUGGUGGGCGGGGCUAAGUGUGGAGGUCAACAUCUUUCAUGUCUGAUGCAACGUGGGUUCACCGGUAACAGGGGUAAUCAGCUGGUAUAAGCUUACAUGGCUGCCCCUUCGGGCCCUGCGAAGUCUGCGCUUCCUACCUCACCGUUCGGCGUGUUUACAAAGGUGUUCAAGCAUGUGCGUUACGAAAACCUGGUGGCCGGGCUCAGUGGUGGGGUCAUAUCUACCUUGGUGCUGCACCCGCUGGAUCUGGUCAAGAUUAGGUUUGCAGUAAGUGAUGGUCUGGAGUUAAGACCCAAAUACAAUGGCAUUAUUCAUUGUUUGGCCACUGUGUGGAAGCGUGAAGGGUUACGUGGUCUGUACCGGGGGUGACAACCAAACAUGUGGGGGGCUGGAGCCUCCUGGGGCCUUUAUUUCUUCUAUGUAAUUAAAGCCUAUAUAAUGGAAGGCAGAACUGAAAACCUUUCACCCACAGAACACCUUUUAUCUGCAGCUGGAGCAGGUGCCUUAACUAUGUGUUUUACCAACCCAAUCUGGGUUACAAAGACACGCUUGGUCCUUCAGUAUGAUGCUGGUGUUGCUUCUAAGCGUCAGUACAAAGGAAUGUUCCAUGCACUUGCAACGAUUUAUAGAAAUGAGGGCAUGCCAGGGGUGGCAAAAGGUUUUGUUCCAGGUUUAAUAGGAACCUCCCACGGUGCUCUACAGUUCAUGGCUUAUGAAGAACUAAAACUAAAAUAUAACAAACGUCUUAACCGGCCAUAUGAUACCAAAUUGAAUACGUUGGAAUAUAUCACAAUGGCAGCAGUCUCUAAAAUCUUUGCAGUAGCAGUUACUUAUCCGUAUCAAGUCGUGCGUGCUCGUUUACAGGAUCAACACAACCAAUAUUCAGGUGUCAUAGAUGUUAUUCGCAGAACCAGGACGAAAGAAGGCAUACGUGGUUUUUACAAGGGAAUUAUUGCCAAUCUUCUCAGAGUAACGCCAGCGUGCUGUAUCACAUUUGUGGUAUUUGAGAAUGUAUCACAUUUCUUACUUGGCUUAAGAAAACAAAAGGAUUGAGGCAAUAGUUGACUUGAAAUGGAUUUGCUUUCAGGGGGAAACUGGUACAGAGCAAGGAAAUUGCACGCUGAUAUUGACUUGUCCAGAGGAAGCAAUGAAGAUACCAAACCCGUUGCAUCGUGCGGAGAGACAGAGAACUGUGGUUGUUUGAUGCCAAAAUGCAUUUUAAUUCUUGUUCUUAACUCGAUGAGUUAUUAUUUAUUACUAUUCUUCCGUUUAGACUAUAAAAUAACUGCAUUUUUAAGAUAUAAAAGUUAGCGUUAUUUUAUUACUCAGAGAAUAUUUUUUAUAAAACUUAAUUUUUGUUUUUAUUUAGACUCAAUUUAGAGAUUGUAAUUAAUUUAGUUACACUCCUCCAUUUGCUUUAUUUCCUGUUCAGAUCUUAUUCAUACUGGAUAAAAGGAAGGGGCCUUUACAUUCUGGUUUUCUUCACAUUAAACUUCUGUGUAUGUUCUUUAUAGUUUUUUUAAUUUUUAUUUCACCAAUUGGUAUUGUCUCUUUUUUCUCUAUAUAUUGUCAUGCACUUAAGAGAACAUCAAAGCCUUUUAAGAAUGUUUUAUAUUGGGAGAGGAUUUUGCAGUGUUCCCUAUAUUAUAUUAGAAUGGGGGAAAAUAUUAUAUUGGUAUAGAAAAUGGCCUUAUGGGAACCUUGUAUUUGACUAUUAAAAGAAAAAUAUUUAAGGAUGUUGAAGAUUUGUUUAAAUUUAAAGCAAUACAACUUUUCAGUUUUUUUAUUUUAGUACUAAUGCACAUUGGCUGAUAGACAAGAUAAUGGUCUAACUGAUAUUUUUUCACUGGUACGAGUAUGUGUAGUUAUCAGCCAAUGAGAAUUGUCAGGAAGUCCACAAUUGGUAUGACUGUUACUUUCAAUGUAUAUUUAGACUGUUAUUAAUUCAAAGUUUAAAUAUUGUUCUUUCAUAUGAAUAGAAGAUACAAUUUGAGCAAAUUGAAUCUAAAUAUUCCAUUUUUUGUGUCACUCGUAUGAAAAAACACUAUGUAAGCACAUUAAAAAAAACAAAAACAAAGUUAUCACACCAAAGUGUUCUUCUCACCAUUUUGACUGCCAAGAAUAUACUAGCUCAGGGUUUGACCAAUAAAUUAAUAAUCUAGGAGCCAACCACAAAAUCUAGAAGUCAGAUAUAUAAAUAUAGAGGCAUUUUUUUUGGAUAACUAAUGCAGGGUCAUGGCAAAUGUUAAUACUAAAAAUUGAUGUGUGUCUGCAUUGUUUGCUUAAACAAAAAACAAAGUAAGCGAUGUCCCUGUAUUAGUUGAUCAGAGGUUCACCUGGGUGCUACUGCCGCUUAUUGUAGAAUUAUGAAAAAAGGAAAUAUAUGUACUGGACAUCAUUUUAUUUGUUACCAACUUGGAAAAAAAAUCUUAAGAUUCCUCUAUAAAUUGAACAGCCAGCUGGCUCCAAAUAACACUCUUCUUAUGAACAAAGUUUGAUACCAAAGAAGCCACAGGGGGUCAAUAAAUGUAUUUAGAAUUUAGGAGCAAGCCAUGGUAUUUGCUUCUAGAUCUAAUUUGUCUGUGUGACAUUGUCAAAACAGUGCUAUUUUCAUCUAGAUAUAGCGGUCUUAUGACUGCUGCUUCUUAACUUCUGUUUGGGACUCUUUAUAAAUGGAGCCCAAUAUGGCUGAUAUAUGCACAAUAAUGAUGUAUUUAGUUAGAAUCACUUUCUAGUAACUUCCGGAAUCACAGCUUCACUCACUGAGUCACACACAAUCCUCCUACUUUUGGAAAAUGGGGACAGAAAGUGUGGACAGACAUGAUCAGCUGUAGCGGAUUUUGUCCGCCGCACAUCGAUAAAUUCCGACAGCAUCCACUUUCGGCAUUUAUCAUUGCACAUGCAUUUCUAGUGAAAUGCUUGUGCAAUGCCGCCCUAGCACAUUCGCCGGCCAAUCGGCCUCUAGUAGGGGGUGUCAAUCAUCCCUAUUGUAUCCGAUUAAGCUGAUUGUUAUCUGCCAUGUGGCAGACGAGUUAAGGAUCAGUGGUCUUAAGACUGCUGCUUCUUAACUCCUGUUUCCGGCGAACCUGCAUUUGGGGGUUGUUAAAUCGCCCCUAUGUCUUAGUACCAGGUUGUGUUUACCUCUGUCCACAUCUUCACUGCUUUAAUAUCUUAUGUCACAAAAUGUAUGUUUUGUUAAACAAACCUACUUUAUUUUACACAAUAAACCUAUUUUCACUAUAGAAUGUCAGAGAAUAUUCUGGAACUUUGUAGAAAAUGGUGUGUAUGUGAGAAGUAGGGUAUAAAAGCCUGUACUGAAGCCCUUUAUAUCAGACAUUGCUGGAACAUCUGCAUCUAUGUCUCUCAUCUGUUAUAUUUUAACCUGUUACUUGCUGUUCAAGGAUUGGAAUGAAAGAAGUUUGUUUAUA